AUUUGGUCUAAAUAAGAGGCAUUUUACGCGGCAAUUAUUCAAGCAAAGUUUGGAGCAUCUGCGUUAAUGUGCACGUUGUACGUUCUGGUUAUUGGUUUCCGCUCAUUUUGCAGAAUGAAGAUGCAGACAACGACACUCCUGCUCCAUGUUUGCAUUGGCUUAGCCGUUGCUGUGGCACAACCCACUGUUAUAUCAGGAGAUGCCAAAGACUGUGAUUUUUCUAGCAUCGACCUCUACCAAAAGGUUGAUGCGGUCGUGAAAGAGCUGCCACCAGAGUACUCACAGCCUAACCGAAAACCGGAAGAAGUCAUACCCGGCAUUUUCCUAGGGACCAUUGUGUACAAAGGGUUGGACAAGUUCAGACCUUAUGGUCCUGUAUUCAGCUAUUGUCGUAAUGGUACCAGGCUUGUUCAAGUAGAUCUGGCCACCGAUGAUCGUCUUAUGGAAGCUUUCAUGCCUUGGAAGACAUGUGGUGGACAGCAAGGAUCUAUUGGUACCUAUGCAAGGGCAAGGGUUACGGUCACUUUCAAGCUGGUGGACGCAAGUGCUGUUGAACCAUCCGAGAAAAAUCAAGUCACGCUGGAUCACCACAGUGGACCAACUCCAGUUUCUGUGCAUGUUGUUGCCGUGUAUUUGAGAGGCGCUGGCGACACUAUUGGAAGCGCUGUGGCAAUUACGAGCAAACUGUUUCCUCAGCUACCCAAGGAAUUCUGGCUAGACUUGGCGACACGGAGACUACGCAACGUACUUAAGGAGGUCCUCUGGAAGUUAUCCUCGGGCAUCUGAGCAAACGUUUACGAUUCGCCGACGUUCCUAUAGACGCAUGAAGAAUUUGUAUAAGAGACAAAAUGACACUAUGAGCUACAAAAUGAAGCAUUCUUUGAGUGACACAAUGUGCCAUGUGAUUUUCGAGGCCCCGUACAGGCAGUAAAUGGGACGCUUCGAUUGCUAAUAAAGAGCUUCUUGAUAGGAAA